AUGGAAGGGAAGACAACUGACGAGCCGGCUAAGGCCGUGACGCCGGAUAUGUCGGCAGAGGACAAGAAGAAGGCGAAGGAGGCGAAGAAGCAAGCGGAAAAGGCGGCGAAGGAGGCGAAGAAGGCUGAACGGGAGGCGCAGCUGGCGGAGCAGAGGCGGGCAGCCGAGGCGGUGUUGUGCAAGACGGUUGCGGAUGUGAACGUCGACACGUAUGGGAAUUUGGGGGUCAUAAAUUCGGCCACUAAAAGUUUGCGAGUCUGGACGACAGUGUCUGCGAUAACUCCGAGCUUGACCGAGCAAGGCGUAUGGGUCAGAGGCCGUAUAGCAGAGACCCGAUGCAAGUCUAAGAGUCUGGCGUUUAUUGUUCUUCGACAGCAAACGAGCACGGUCCAGUGUGUUAUGAGUGCCACCACUGAAGAUGAGAAGGACGCCAUCAAGUUCCUGGCUUCCUUGCCGUUGGAGUCCAUUGUAGAUGUUUACGGAACGGUCACAAUUCCGCCGGUGCCCAUAACGUCCACGACGCAGCCGGUGGAGUUGGCCAUCACGCGCUGCCACUGCGUAUCCAAGUCGCUCCCGGAGCUCCCGUUCCAGCUGAAGGACGCGAACCGGCCGGAGAGCGAGAUGAACGAGGAGGGCGCGGUCCAGGUGAGCCAAGAUACACGGCUAGACAACCGCAUUUUGGACUUGCGUACCCUGGCGAUGAACGCAGUCAUGAAGAUAUCGUCAGAAGUGUGUACGUUGUUUAGUGAAUAUUUAUCGAAGGAAGGGUUUGUGCAAAUACACUCCCCCAAACUUAUUGGUGGCGCUUCCGAGGGUGGCGCUAACGUCUUUAAGCUGAAGUACUUCGAACGCGAUGCUUGCCUUGCACAGUCUCCCCAGCUGUACAAGCAGAUGGCCAUCUCGGCGGACCUCGAUCGAGUGUUCGAAAUUGGACCGGUCUUCAGAGCUGAAAAUUCUAAUACCCACCGUCAUCUCUGUGAGUUCGUCGGCUUGGAUAUGGAGAUGGCUUUCAAGGAACAUUACUUCGAAGUUUUGGAGGUAAUUGAAAACACCUUCUGUUUUAUUUUCAAGGGACUGGAAGAACGUUGCCAAAAGGAAAUUGAAGCUGUACACCGCCAGUGGCCGGCCGAGCCAUUCAAGUGGGGCAACAAGGUAUUGAGACUUGAAUUUUCCGAAGGCUGCAAAAUGCUACGAGAAGCCGGAUUCAGCGACAUUCCUGACGAUAUUUCUCAAUUCGAUAUUGGCACUGAGCAAGAGAAGGCCCUGGGAAAACUAGUCAAGGCCAAAUAUGACACCGACUUCUACUACAUGAUCAACUAUCCCUUGGGUGUCCGUCCGUUCUACACCAUGCCGCACCCCACCGACCCCAGUUUAUCGAACUCUUAUGACUUCUUCAUGCGCGGCGAAGAAAUCGUGUCCGGUGCGCAACGAGUUCACGACCCCGAACUACUCACCGAAAGAGCGCAAAAACUUGGCAUUGAAGUUAGCACCAUCAAGUCAUAUAUUGACUCGUUCCGACUCGGUGCUCACCCGCACGCAGGAUGUGGCAUUGGCCUAGAGCGAGUCGUCAUGCUGUUCCUCGGCCUGAACAACAUCAGAAAAGUCUCCAUGUUCCCGAGAGACCCCAAACGCCUGACCCCCUGA